GAUGUUUUGGUGGCUGAUAUUGUGACAGCAGAAUUCUUCGAUGGGAUACUUGAUAAGGCUGAUGCAAGUUGUCCUGGAAAGAAAUUUUACACACGAGCAGCGUUUAUUGAAGCUCUCAAUUCAUUUAAUGAUUUUGGAAGGAUUGGUUCGAUUGAUGACUCUAAGCGUGAGAUUGCAGCCUUCUUUGGACAUGUUACACAUGAAAUUGGACAUUUUUGCUAUAUAAAGGAGAUACAUGGUCACUCCAAGAAGUACUGUAGCAAGGCAUACACAAAAUACUAUCCCUGCAAUCCCAACAAAGGUUAUUAUGGCCGUGGACCAAUUCAGUUGACAUGGAAUUUCAAUUAUGGAUCGGCGGGAAAGAGCAGUGGGUUUGACGGAUUAAACUCUCCUGAAACUGUUGCAAAUGACCCUGUUAUUUCAUUCAAGACAGCCUUGUGGUAUUGGAUGAAGAAGGUUCACCCAAUCAUUCACCAAGGAUUCGGAGCAACAAUUCAAGCAAUUAAUUAUUUUGAAUGUCAUGGUGCACACCUUGCAAGAGUAAAAGGACGUGUUGCUCAUUACACUGAAUAUUGUCACCAACUUGGUGUUGCUCCCGGCAACAAUCUCACUUGCUAG